AUGUGGACCUUUCUGGGUAUCGCCUCCUUCAUCUACGUGUAUAAAAAGUGUGGAGACCUCAUGACUUACGCUAAUAAGGAGGUAUUACUCUCCGUGUUAGUGUUUUUCUCCCUUGGCUUGCUGCUGUCGUACAGGUACCGCUUCAGGGGGCCCAAGCAGCAGCAGCAGCAGCGGAAGACCGACCUGAGGAUGCUCUCUGAUGUUCUCUCAGCUUUACCACUUGUUGGCUUCUUCUGGGCCAAACCCACCCCAGGAUCUCAAGUCGAACAACCCAAAUCCAGAAAGGGUAAAAGAGAAGUAAACUUCUCAGAUGUGUAUCUGCCAGAGACUGCUCCAAAUGCAGCAUUAUCAUCCCAAUACGAUCCAGAAAUUAUCAUUGUGGGAUCAGGAGUCCUUGGUUCUUCCUUGGCCACAGUGCUCUCGAGGGAUGGAAGAAAAGUUACGGUGAUAGAGAGGGAUCUGAAAGAACCUGACAGGAUAGUUGGAGAAUUGUUGCAGCCUGGAGGUUUUAAUGCCCUUAGAGACCUGGGUCUUGAAGAUACAGUAGAAGGUAUUGAUUCACAAAUAGUAAAUGGUUACAUAAUUCAUGACAUAGAGAGCAACCUGGAGGUUGAAAUUCCUUACCCAACGUCUGGGGAUGGCCGUGUGGCGAGUGGAAGAUCUUUUCAUCAUGGCCAGUUCAUCAUGGGUCUCCGAAGGGCAGCUAUGGCAGAGCCCAAUACAAAAUUCAUUGAGGGGACUGUGUUACAAUUGCUUGAGGAAGAUGACUCUGUCGUGGGUGUUCAGUACAAGGACAAAGAAACCGGAGACACUAAGGAACUUCAUGCACCACUUACUGUUGUAGCUGAUGGACUUUUCUCCAAGUUUAGAAAACACUUGGUCUCCAACAAAGUUACUGUCUCGUCCCAUUUUGUUGGUUGCAUUUUGAAGGAUGCACCACAGUUUAAAGCUAAUUAUGCUGAACUUGUUUUAGCUAAAACUAGUCCAGUGCUAAUCUAUCGGAUUUCUCCAACUGAGACUCGAGUCCUUGUUGAUAUUCGAGGGGAGAUGCCAAAAAAUUUAAAAGACUACAUGAUUGAGAACAUUCAUCCACAACUACCUGAUCACUUAAAGGAACCAUUCUUCACAGCAGUUCAGAAUGAUCGUUUAAGGACUAUGCCAGCUAGCUUCUUGCCACCUUCAGCUGUUAACAAAAAAGGUGUUCUUCUUUUAGGAGAUGCAUAUAAUAUAAGACACCCUCUAACUGGUGGAGGAAUGAGUGUUAUUUUAAAUGAUGUUAAAAUAUGGAGAAAUUUGCUCCAGGAUAUUCCAGAUCUUUAUGAAGAUUCUGACGUUCUUAAGGCAAAAAGAACAUUUUACUGGUCAAGAAAAAGAUCUCAUUCUUUUGUAGUGAAUGUUCUUGCCCAGGCACUUUAUGAACUCUUUGCUGCCACAGAUGAUUCCUUGCAUCAGCUAAAGAAAGCCUGUUUCCAUUACUUCAGACUUGGUGGAGCAUGUGUUUCGGGCCCUGUUGGAUUGCUAUCUGUGUAA